AUGCCCCAUACGACGUGCGCGCUGAAACCAUGGCCUGUCCUUUGCCGCUCUCCCAACCGAAGUCAUCAAAUACCUCCCCGAGUAACCCCGCACGACUACGUCUUCUAUGUCAACCUCACCAUUCUGCUCCAGCAUCGACCUCACAUUAUGCGUGAUCAACAUUGUAAAUCCGCAGUGCUGCCCGAGAGCGGCACUCGCAGGAGUAGGACUGGCAAAUUAUCUGUCGCUCUUUGCUGUGCCGCUUAUAUUCGGGAAACCAUUGCUGAAGCUAGCACAGGUUCCUGGAGUACUGUGUUUAGCCGUUGUGAAGUUCUCUAUAAAGAUCCCAUGAAACCUCAUUCGAUGUCUCUUCAGAUGACUACGACGUCAACUCUUCUAACAGAAUACGCACUCCUGCCAUCACACGAAACACUCAACAACCUGCUCGGUGGGCACAACAUAAGUAGUGAGGACGAACAAUUCAAAAGGGAAACCUGCCUGCGAAUGACAGCCAAUGAUACAACACUCUUCUAUGAGAAGGAAAUCAUACUGUACACGAGGAGCACAAGUUACGGUUUACUCGAUAGCAAUCGAUUUCCAUAUCUUGGCUCUUGCAAGGGAGAAAAACGUGCGGCAAACAAUCGUUUGUCUCUGGCUAUGGAGAAACAGAAGGCCAAUGAAUUUCCUGGAGUUACAGGAUGUGUAAAGAGCUGCGGCGGACUAGGAUGCGUCUGCCACGCCUCAAGUUCAGGAUGUCUGUUCUACAGAAUCUACGGACAGCUGAUGGCAAAGAUACCACAACUUCCAACUGCUAGCAAAGAUACCACAACUUCCAACUGCUAA